AAUUCUCCUUCCAGACAUUUUAUUGUAAAUCCAGCUAUUCCAGAUCCUACUCAAUUGAGUGUGUUCACAAGUGAUGGACGGUGCACCAGACAUUGGAUGCUCAACUACUCCAGGAUCACCACAAGGAGUAAAACAGGAUGAAGGUGAAUCAGCCAAAGGCCACAAUACCUACAAUGGAUCACAGAAAAAUGAAAAGCGAGGUGAAAAGAAAACUGAGGAGCAGCGUGUGACUAAGAAGAGAGGCUGGCCAAAGGGCAAAAAACGUAAAAAAAACAUACCCAAUGGUCCCAAAGCCCCACUGACAGGCUAUAUGCGAUUUUUGAAUGAACGGCGUGAACAGUUGCGGGCACAGCAACCAGAUUUACCUUUUCCAGAAAUCACCAAAACUUUGGGCAGUGAAUGGAGCAAACUUCCACCUGAAGAUAAACAGUGCUACCUUGAUGAAGCUGAGCGGGCAAAACAGCAAUACAUAAAAGAACUGCAGGAGUAUCAGAAAACUGAAGCUUAUAAAAUGAGCAGAAUUGCUGUCCAAGAAAAGAAAUUGAGGAAAGAUUCCACUCAUUCAUUGUCAAAUGGCAUGCAUGCUGAGAAGAACGACAAUGAUCAGCAAGGAAGAAUGUCCAUGUUUAAUAUUCCAAUAUUUACAGAAGAGUUUCUUGAUCAUAACAAAGCUCGAGAAGCAGAGUUGAGAAAAUUACGCAAAACUAAUAUUGAAUAUGAGGAGCAGAAUGCAGUCUUGCAGAAACACAUUGACAACAUGAGAAGUGCUAAAGAGAAACUGGAAGAGGAGCUGGCUGAAGAACAGAACCAGAAUGUAACUCUACACAAACAUCUCGAGAAUUUGCGACAAAUGUUAACCACUAGCUUCAGUAAUGUCUCUCUACCAGGAAGUGGAGAAAGCGUGACAUUAGAGACAGUUGAUUCCUUUAUGACUAAACUUCACAGUAUAAUAGACGAAGACCCUCAACAGAAUGAGAAACUUGUGAGAAAGGUGCAAGAGAUCGUAAGCAAUCUAGGCAACAGCGAUGGGCCUUAAAACAACAUGAUUUUAAUCAGAGAAGAUAGUUCACAGAUGUCCAUGUUGGCUGCAGUCCCAGCUUCCUUUAUCUACUUAGAACUUAAUGAAGAGAUUGCUGCAGCUCCAUGAAGAAGGUGCAGUCAUUCUUUUGUACUAGGGACUAAUUAUACAGAUCUACAAGCCUACACAUCUUUCAAGAUCAAAGCAAGGGGAUUUGAAUGGAGUAAUCAACUAAACACUAAAUGUUUUUAAGAAGAAAGCUAACAUUGUAUUAAAAGAAACAAGUAGGAUUAUUCGGUAAUGAUUUAGUGACCUAGGCUACUGAAAGCAAUUUAUUGUUACAUUUACAACUUUUUUGUCAACUGUGGCAUCAUGCAGGUUGUGACCUCCAAGUUGAUUUUGUAGUUUUUACUAACUUUUAUAAUUAGUGUACAUUUGUUCUUGCACAUUCUAUAGGUUUAGAAAUUGCAUUAUAAAAUUACCUGUUACCAUUUUGUUGAGUUACAUUUGUAUUAACAUUUUGUAGCUAAACCUGAAACUUUUAUUGGGGAAAGAAAAGAAUACCAGAUUUGCAAACAGCCAUUAGUUGUUUGAAAGGAGGAAUGUAGAUGGUGCCAUCUCCAGAUUAAUAUAGUCAUGUUUCUAACUAGUAAGUAUAAGCUAAUGAUCUUGUAGACCACCUUAGGAAAAAAUUCUGGUGAAGCAAAAUCAAUGAUAAAUUCACUUCUUUUUAAAUCUAGAAUUUAUACCUGUUCAUUUUCUUUCAAGUUACAACUCUAAACAGAUUAAAUUAUUGUUGAGAAUAAAUUUUUUCUUUAGUAAAAUAGAGUUAAUUGUUUUAUAAACUUUCUGGAUGUACAGUAACAAUCAUUUGCAUGCAUGGGGUCUAUAUAGGAAAAUUUAUAUUUUGGAUUAUUUUCAAAGCAAUGUCCAUAACACCACAAGGAAUGAUGGUGAACCUAGAAUUGUCUUCCAACUUCACCAAAUUGUGAUGUGUUGCUAUCUUGACAGCAAUCCUUUCAAAUAUUCUAUUAAAGUAAAAUACCUGUUUUCUGAAGCCAGCAGCACAGUUCAGUGAUAAGUCCUAGACAGCAAGGUCCUUCAAAUAACACUGUUUUACCAUAUACUAUAUGUAGCACUAGUUAGAUUUUCUUCGAAUGAAUGACAGUGACAGGGUAGUAAUGUUGCUUAAAAUGUAUUACACUUUGAAAUGGUUUUCAGGUAAAGGAAGACCAAAACGCAAAUCAGCUCAUUGAGACAAUCUCAUAGUUGCAUCUGCCAGUUGCAUGUCUUCUCUGGUCCAAGAAGCUGAAUUUUCUGUAAAAUUGUACCUUGGCUUUGUACCUCCCCAGUCUCUGUCCUCUCUACCUUCAUGCCCUUUUGGACCACCUCCUGUUUAUAGGCUCUACCUCUGUGUUUGAAUCCCUCCCAUCGAGUUUCCACUGCUACCAUAGUAUCAAAAUAGUUCUUAUGGAAGUGAUGCAUAACCUUCUGAGUGACUGAGAAAAGUAAACUGUUUCUUUUUGACCAUCUGUGACGUUUCUCAAGGAGCUCUUAAUUGUUAUUGAGCUGGGUGGGACUAGACUCCCAGGUUUCAGACUUCCAGGUUGUAGGUUUCAGACUUGGUUAAUAAGUAGGAGACUGAGAAUCACCUGUAAUAUCAUUGUUUUUCCUCACAUUCAGAUCAUUAUGUCUGAAAAUACAAGAUUGUGUUUCCCAUGGUAACACUCACCUCUACUGCUCUUGACCUCCCCUUCCACUAUGUGUUAAUUGAACUACUUGUCAGGCAACCAGAGCCCAAUGGGCAGAAAUUUCCUCUAACUAGUUAUUGCAAAACAUAAGCCAUUGUUUUCACUCCCUUUCACAAACUCUCGUUUCCUAGACACUGAUUCCAGCUGGCAGCUGUCUGAGGCUGAACCGGCUGUCAUAAACUUGAUCUGGGGUUGACCUUCCAACUAUACAUUCAUGCCAUCACAUAGACCAUCUUUUCCAUGUGUGAAACAUUGCAUGACUGCAGGCACCUAGUUCAGCUGUUGCAGUGAUAAGUCCUAGACAGCAAGGUCCUUCAAAUUCCUUGCCUUUAUUACUUCUAGCUAAGAUUGACUAUUUUAAUAUACUGCUGGCAGGCUACCUAUGUUCGACCAUUAGUAAACUUGAGGUCAUCCAAAACUCACUUGACCUUGUCCUUGUGCAAGGUUCUUUUCUACGCUGGGUUUCAUUUAAGCAAUGCCUUUAUUUUAAAAUUUUCAUUUGUGUCUGAAGUUGUCUGUGAUUUUGCCUCUCCUUAUCACUAUAGCCUUCUGCAGCUUACAAUCUUCAGAGGUAUCUGUAUUCCUCAAUUGCAAUCUGUUAAUUACUGCACCACUGGCGACUGUGCCUUCAGCUGCCUGGGCCCCAGGCUUUGGAAUUCCCUCUGUAAGCGUCACUUUUGUUUUUAAAUACACUCCUUAAAACUACCUCUUUGACAGGAUUUCGAUCAUCUUCCCUAAUGUCUCCAUGUGUGGAUUGAUGUCAAAAUAUAAUGUUAAAAUAUAAUGUUCCUGUGAAGUGCCUUGAGAUAGUUUAUUAAGUAGCUUUUGUUAAUUACUGUUAGGUAGCUGAAAUUAGCAUAACUUAUACAACUGGGUUCAGGAAUGGUAGCUAAAAAUGCACAUGAGCAAUUUUCUGAGCCCAGCAGGGACAUCUCUAGGAUGGUUACUUUAUGAAUUAUGUUUUUGAUAACUGUGCAAUUAACCAGUACCUUUGUGAAUGUCUCGCAGAACCAUGAUGGGGAGUCUAUAGCCGCUUGUUCAGACAUGCUGAAGUACAAUUCCUUGGUUGAACAACUAUCUGAAUUUUGAAUGUGUAUGUUCUCUGUUAUUCAAAUGUGGAACUCCUAUCCAAGCUUAAUUCUGUUUUUUUUCCUCCUGACAUAUAUGCAUGUAUGCAUUCUAGCAAAAGUCACUGGAUAGAUUCUGAAAACAGAACUCUGUAUUGGUUAUUGGCCAUCCACUCCCAGCUCAAGUAGACAUGCCAGUUUUAAUUAUCCUGCUUUCUCCAUGAAAAUCAGCAAAGGCAAGAUAUCACCUGUAUCAACUUGCUACUGUAGUGGUGGAAAAAAGUAGGAGUAGGAAGAAAGAAGGGGGAGGUAAACAGAAAUGCCUGUUGACUAUAUCAUUCUGUGAAGCUUUUCCUCAUUGUCCAGAGAGCAGAGAUCUGGGGGCAAGCCACCCACCUUCAGCACCUCACUCCAGGAAUGGCCUUUGGAUAUUGUGGAUUACAGAUUUCAUUUUAGAGGUGAAGAAUCGUCUCAUAAAGGGAUGUUCUUAAAUGAUGUAUUAAUAUUUUAAUGAGAAUUACUAUUCUUUAUAUAAAAAAAACCCAGCACUGUAGUCAGACACUUGUGAAGUCGUAUCACAGAUCCUCUUUUUAUUAGUCUUUUUCCAAUCAAGUGACAGCAGGGUGAGCAGUUCAUUCAACAAAUGAUUCAGAUUUUUAAAAAAUUCUCAAACCAGGGUAACUUUUACUGUUGGAGGUGGACCCUUGAAUUGUCCAAUGGCUUUAUUAAUUUGUUUUAAAAUGCCACAUGAAGAGGAACAAGAGACAUCACUCUUGUAUUAAUGGGGAGAAUUAAAACUUAAGUGAAUUUGAUCAAGACUUCUUAUAUGAUAAAGUAUAUAGGAAAAAUCUAAAGUAUCCUUCUAUUUUUCAUCCUGUGUUCUGGUGCAAUGUAUGAGUGAGGGUGCUGAUAUUUAAUUUGUGUUGAGCAGUAUGUUGUUUUAUGUUUUAAGAUUGUAGAGAAUAUUUGCAGUUUGGAUUCAUAUAUUUUGCCUGUUGCAAGGUUUUGCCACUUCAAUUAUCUUUGGUGAUGUAAGAUGUUUAAAACAAAGUCAGAUCAAUUACAGCAGUAUGUCAGCCCAUUGAUUCUCUUGCUGCUUGUUAUGUCACUUUAUUUUUCCUGUCCCUUUUUUAAAUUUGCUUCAGUUUUAAAUUACAAUCCAAAUCUGCUAUGAGUGGUGAUGCCUGCCUCAGCAGUCUCAUUUUCUAAAACAUUCAUGGCUUUUAUUAACGAUUCUACAAGUGGCAAAAGUUAUAUUUUAGUAUUAAUUGUCUCAAAACUUUAAUUAAUUUUGAAAACCUAUAAUGGAUCCCUCCAGUCGUGUUUGUAGGAAGGGUGUGAGUGGAGAUGUCAGUUUUCACUCGUAACUAACAUCAUUCCCUACCCUUUGUAUAAUGUUCUUCUAUCAAUGAGAUGCAUACAGCUCUGUGCCAAGUAACCUAAUUGAUGCUACAUCAUUUUCAAGCUUUUACAUUAAAUACCCCAUGACAUACUUCAAACUGACAAUCUCAUUAUUCUGUUCAACAUUUUUCAUUUCUACUAACAAUCUGUGUAUUACUACUUUUGAAUCAUUCUGUGGGGUGUCACCCAUAUAACUUUUCCUCUUUACCUCUUGGAUGUAAAGCAGUUUAGUCAAACUGUUUGGCAUUUGGACCACAUUUCAGUUUUGGUCACAGUAGGACUGGUGAGCAUAUUUCAGUCAGAUGAGGCUUACCUUAAUUGUAAUGGUCAAUUUCAGGAAAAAAAAUUCAAAGCAAUAAAGUGCCAAACCGCAGACCUAACUCAAUUUUUUUUCUUUGCCUUUUUUGGUUGAAAAGCAGAUGAAAGGGUGAAAAAGUCUGGACUUCAAUUCCUGAUCACCAGGGAAGGGGAUUGGGAACCAGGACUGAGUGUAACUAGCACUGACCUUGGUUUGUGUUUGGCAUGGCACGUUCUAAGUCAGCCACUGCAGAAUUCACGUGAAAGUGGAGAUCAGAAGCGGGUUGCUUUUCUGCCUCAGGUUUUCCUCCUGUCACUCAGCCCCACCCAUUCACACUCGCUCAUUCACUCACAUUCAUCACCUUGGAUAAUGGUUCUAGUAAUUGUAACUGGUAAUCCAAAUCCAAGGCUAAUGUUCUGGAGACAUGGAUUCACAUACUCCCCCAGCAGAUGGCAGAGGUAAAUCUAAGACUAAAGCUGGUCAAAUGAUAUUUGUGUAAUCAUUGUUGUAAAAACCCAUCAAGUUCACUAAUGUCCUUUGGUGAAGUCAGUCUUUGUUCCUACCUGGUCUGACCUGAAUGUGAGUCCAAACCCAAUUAAAUAUAGUUAACUCUUAAUUUUCCUCUGAAUUGGCCUAGAGAGUCAUUCAUUUCAAGGGUAACUAGAAAUAUGCAACAAACUCCACUCUUAUCAAUGAUGCCCAUUUCCCACACAAGAAUCAAGAACCCACCCGUUCUCAACUCACCCAAAACCAUUGAUCCAUCCUCUCAUCACCAUUCACUCAGUCACCCUGCUGCACCCACUCAUCAGUGGUGUCACAAUGUUGCCUGUAUGACAUUUUUGCCCAUUGUAAAUGGAACAUCAGAUGCAUCCUUCUGCAGAUUUUUGACUCAUCCCACAUUAUUUUUCACUCUGCUUUGCCCAUGUAAACAUUCCUGUUGAAUUGCUGGAAAGGAACACACUUGCUGUUAGGGUAGACACUUUUUCUUGAUGUUGUGUCCCAAAACAUAUGACUUCACAUUUUUUUUCCAUAUUAAACUGCAGCUGCUAUCUGUCUGCCCAAUUUGCCAUCAGUCUCUUUCUGCGGUGUCUUGGAGCUGUAGUGACAGUUUAUCUUGUCCCUAAUUUGACAUGUUGACAGACCUCUCAUUCUUGUGCCUAUUUCUAGAUCCUUUAGAUGCAUGCAGCUUCAGAUCUUAGGUUAAAAGAGGGAUAGUUUGAACAUAUUGGUGAAAUCCUUUAGAUGUACCUAGAUGACAUAAUGGAAACAGAAUGCAAAGAGACUGAUUUUAUUACAUUACUUUUCAACAGGUAUAAACACUGCUGUAAAUGCUGUAGUGCAUACAUGCUAAGUAAAAGAUGUGGCUACAUAGCAAGUAACGUUUAAUUGUGACAGCAGUGUAAUCUUUGGGAUCAGUUGUAUGAUUACAAAGAUUCUUUUGUUUUUUUGUUAAGUAAGAACACCAUUCAGUCUUGUGAUUGAUGUACUGUUCAAGGAAUGUAGUGUGUUUUGAUUAAUUCCAGUUAAGUGAAUCUUUUACUUCAUCAAGUUUACUGGUGUUUAUAUUAACAAGCUGUUUUAUCAGCUAUAUUUGUUGAAUAAUUUUCUAAUGUAGUUCAGUAUGUUGGUAAAAAUGUAGCAGUUGGUUGUACAACAUGCAAUAAACAUCUGAUACAGA